UUAUUUGUCAUUUGUCAUAGUUUGUAUGUUCUUUGUCAUAGUUUGUAUAUUUUUUGUCAUAGUUUGUAUGUUCUUUGUCAUAAUUUGUAUAUUCUUUGUCAUAGUUUGUAUUUUCUUUGUCAUAGUUUGUAUUUUCUUUGUCAUAAUUUUUUGUAUGUUCUUUGUUAUAGUUUGUAUGUUCUUUGUCACAGUUUGUUUGUUCUUUGUUAUAGUUUGUAUUUCCUUUGUCAUAGUUUGUAUUUCCUUUGUCAUAGUUUGUAUUUUCUUUGCCAUAGGUUUUAUGUUCUUUGUAAUAAUGUGCAUGUUCUUUGUCAUAGUCUGUAUCUUUCUUGUCAUAGUUUGUGA